GCCGACAUAUCAAUACCUGAAAAUGAGUGGAAGAGGAAAAGGAGGAAAGGGACUCGGCAAAGGAGGCGCCAAGCGUCACCGCAAAGUUCUCCGUGAUAACAUCCAGGGCAUCACCAAGCCCGCUAUCCGCCGUCUGGCUCGCCGUGGCGGAGUGAAGCGUAUCUCCGGUCUGAUCUACGAGGAGACCCGUGGGGUGCUGAAGGUGUUCCUGGAGAAUGUGAUCCGUGAUGCCGUCACCUACACCGAGCACGCCAAGAGGAAGACGGUGACCGCCAUGGAUGUGGUGUAUGCCCUGAAGAGGCAGGGCCGCACUCUGUACGGCUUCGGAGACCGCUCUGUGACAAAGAAGUAUCUCGACUCUGUCGCACCUCUCUCUCACAUCAUGCCUGCUGAAGCACCCCCCGUCAAAGCGGCCAAGAAGGGCUCCAAGAAAGCCGUCGCUAAGACCGCCACCAAGACUGGAAAGAAGAGGAGAAAGUCCAGGAAGGAGAGCUACGCCAUCUACGUCUACAAGGUGAUGAAGCAGGUCCACCCCGACACCGGCAUCUCCUCCAAGGCCAUGGGCAUCAUGAACUGCUUCGUGAGCGACAUCUUUGAGCGCAUCGCCGGUGAGGCCUCUCGUCUGGCUCACUACAACAAGCGCCGCACCAUCACCUCCAGGGAGAUCCAGACCGCUGUCCGCCUGCUGCUGCCCGGAGAGCUGGCUAAACACGCCGUGUCUGAGGAAACUACAAUGGCCAGAACCAAGCAGACAGCUCGUAAAUCCACCGGAGGAAAGGCUCCCAGGAAGCAGCUGGCCACCAAGGCUGCUCGUAAGAGCGCCCCGGCCACCGGCGGAGUGAAGAAACCUCACCGUUACAGGCCCGGUACCGUGGCUCUGAGGGAGAUCCGCCGCUACCAGAAGUCCACCGAGCUGCUGAUUCGCAAGCUGCCCUUCCAGCGCCUCGUGAGGGAGAUCGCUCAGGACUUCAAGACCGACCUGCGCUUCCAGAGCUCCGCCGUCAUGGCUCUGCAGGAGUCCAGCGAGGCCUACCUGGUCGGCCUGUUCGAGGACACCAACCUGUGCGCCAUCCACGCCAAGAGGGUCACCAUCAUGCCCAAGGACAUCCAGCUGGCCCGCCGUAUCCGCGGGGAGAGGGCUUAAACUGACCUGAGACCAGAACACCCAAACACAACGGCUCUUUUAAGAGCCACACACACUUUGAAAGAGUUACAAUCCUACUCAUUAUUAUUAUGAUACUGGUUCAUAUUAGGUUUGGUUAGCUGUACCGUGAUGAAUGAAACAAGAAAGGUUGUUGUUACAAAAACAUUAAAAUGUGAGCAAUAGAUCAGUGUAAACACAACGUAUGUCAAUUAUGGAUCAUCCAAACUAUUUAUUUAAAAUAUUUAUUAAAGUUCUAAAACCCAAACGUAUAUUCCUUAAUAACUUUGGGGGAUGGUUGUUUUAAGUGUACUAAAAGCUAUCGUUAUAACUUGUUCACUUUAAACACUAUGAACAGGUGAGUAAUAAUAAUGGAUGUAUUUUGUAAGCGCUCUUACAGGUGCUCAAAGUCGCUUUACAGAGAUGGUGAAAAGAACAACACAUACAUAUGGUUGAAGUCAAAUAAAAAGAAAGCAAUGACAACAGCCACACAUUACAAUCCAGAUUGAAGAAGUGAAGUUCUUUGAAGGUGGUGAAGUGAAGUUCUUUGAAGGUGGUGAAGUGAAGUUCUUU